AUAAUAAUUUUGUUGUUCGGUUAAUGUGACCUGACUGACCUGUUAACGUCAACAGUAGGCGAUGAGGCAAAUCAUUUGCUUCCGAGUUGUCAGUACAGUUCUGAAAUCCACAAUGAGAAGUCAUACGUUCUUUGAUUCUUUGGGCUCGGCCAGCAUCAUGGCCCGAAUCCUUGAUGGUAAGGGGCUUGCCAAGGAUAUCCGCAAUGAAUUAAAAAUCAAGAUCCAUAAUUGGAUGCAACAAGGUCACCGGGCGCCAACCUUGAGAUGCAUUAUAGUGGGAGAUGACCCGGCGAGCCAUACUUAUGUUAAGAACAAGAUCCAAGCUGCGACAGAUGUAGGCAUUAAGGCGGAAACAAUAAGAUAUGAAGCCAAUAUGACUGAGGAGGAUCUUCUGUUAGCUAUUGAUGAAUUGAAUGCGAGCUCUGAAGUUGAUGGCAUUUUAGUCCAACUGCCUUUGCCCGGAGGCAUUGAUGAGAGGAAGGUGUGCAAUGCCGUGGCUCCGGAGAAGGAUGUGGACGGCUUCCACAUUGUGAAUGUCGGGCAGCUGUGUCUGGACAUGCCAACUAUUGUUCCUGCCACUGCUCUGGCUGUUGUGGAGAUGUUGAAAAGAUUCAAAAUCGACACCUUUGGCCGUAACGCAGUUGUAGUCGGCCGUUCAAAGAAUGUCGGCAUGCCAAUCGCCAUGAUGUUACACAGUGACAUGAGUCAUGACAGUGGCCUGGGCAUGGACGCCACGGUCACCAUCUGCCACCGGUACACGCCUAAAGAGAAGCUGGAGUUCUACUGCCGGAAUGCUGACAUUAUUAUUACAGCGACAGGUGUUCCAAAAUUAAUCAAAGCUGACAUGGUGAAACCUGGAGCUACAGUCAUUGAUGUUGGCAUCAUUAGAGUCACUGAUGAUGAAGGGAAGACCAGACUUGUUGGUGAUGUCGAUUAUGAUGAGGUGAGUAAAGUGGCCGGCGCCAUAACGCCCGUGCCCGGCGGCGUGGGCCCCAUGACCGUGGCUAUGCUCAUGCAUAACACCUUCCAAGCCGCCCAGAGGCUGCGAGAUGCUGAGAUGAUGCAAUAAGUUACAAGUAAAACGGUACCCUACA